AUGCGCGCCGUCACGAAUGCGCCAACACUAAAAUACACUGAAAAAUCCAACCCAUCGCUCAUCGUCCCGCGCGCGGCGUCGCGCCGACGCGUCGACGCGCGCAUGCUCGCCCGCGCCCUCGCCCUCGCGCUCGCCCUCGCCCUCGCGGCGCGCACGGCGCACGGGGCGACGACGACGGUGGUGAAACCGACGCUGCGCGCGCACGUGGCGCGACGCGCGCGCGUCUUCUCUCCCGGGCUCGAUCCCGCGGUCGAGCGCGGCGCCGCGGCGUGGUUCGCUCGGCUCGGGUUCUACGCGCUGCGAGAGGCGGAGGCGGUGGGGUCGGGGACGUGGGGGGGGGCGGCGACGGGUUCGGAUGGGUCGUUCGCGAAGUCGUAUUGCGUCGACGCGCGGGCGAACGCGUCGACGGUGGACGCGUACGAUUACGUCGGAUGGUUGCCGAUGGCGAAUGCGAUCGAGGAUAUGAUCGCGGCGCACGCGGACGCGAAGGUGAUUCUGUUUGAGACGAUUUGUACGGAGUGGUGGACGCACGCGUCGGCGGCGCGCGCCGAGGCGGCGAAACUGGGAGCGCGGUGCGGAUGCUCGUCCGGAUCGCGAUCGUCCGCGUCCGAGUGCGGGGACUCGAGUUAUCAUUAUUGCGAUGUGUAUCCGUGUCUGUGGAAUCGCGCGUUCGGCAGCGCCGCGCCGGUGGAGGAGACGUGGAAGCGGGCGUACAUCGAGCGCGUGCGGGCGAUCAAGGCGGCGGUGCCGAGCGACAGAAUUCUGACGGUGCCCAUGACGACGAACUCGUUCAGUCACGCCACGGCGGUGAAAAUUUCAAAGGAAAUCGCCGAGUUCCUGGGGAUUAGCGACGAUACCGACGCGUUCUCAGAGGCGUAUCCGUUCGUCGUCCUUCGAGACGUCUCGCAGACAGAGCUCGGUAAAGGCGCCGUCGCGUGGAGCAUCAUCGUCCUCCUACUCUCCGUCUGGAUUCUCUUCUUAGCCCAUCGCAAGGAUCCGGUGCGUAAAUUUUUGCGCAGAAGACUCAAGCUCAGGAUGUGCUGA